UGAGAGGAACCCACUUCCGGUGCGCCGACCCGCUUCCGGUUUGAGAGGCCGCGCGACGUUUGGAGACGGUUUUGGUUCUCGGGUCCCAGGGGUUGGAGCGGGCGGCUCGGCUGGGCUCGGCUCCCGGUGGCGGCAGCGGCUCUGUGGCCGGAUAUUGAUUUUAUAUUAAGAUACUGUCCAUCAAAUAAUAAUGGAUUUUCAACAUCGACCAGGAGGGAAAACAGGGAGUGGAGGGGUUGCUUCCUCUUCUGAAAGCAAUCGAGAUCGAAGAGAACGCUUGAGACAGUUAGCUUUGGAAACCAUUGACAUAAAUAAGGAUCCCUAUUUUAUGAAAAAUCACUUGGGUUCUUAUGAAUGUAAACUUUGCUUAACACUUCACAACAAUGAGGGGAGUUAUUUGGCGCACACACAAGGGAAAAAGCAUCAGACUAAUCUUGCUCGACGAGCAGCAAAAGAGGCGAAGGAAGCACCAGCACAGCCUGCCCCAGAGAAGGUUAAAGUGGAGGUGAAAAAGUUUGUGAAAAUUGGCCGGCCAGGUUAUAAAGUGACCAAACAGAGGGAUGCAGAGGUGGGACAACAAAGUCUUCUUUUUCAGAUUGACUACCCUGAAAUUGCAGAAGGUGUAAUCCCACGUCAUCGGUUUAUGUCUGCAUAUGAACAGCGAAUUGAACCACCCGACAGACGUUGGCAGUACCUGUUGUUUGCAGCAGAGCCAUAUGAAACCAUUUCUUUUAAGGUGCCGAGUAGAGAAAUUGAUAAAGUUGAGGGGAAGUUUUGGACCCACUGGAAUAGAGAAACAAAACAGUUUUUCCUUCAGUUCCAUUUCAAGAUGGAGAAACCUAUGCAACCUCAGAGCUUACCUAUUGGACCACCUGGAAUAAAGAACAGACCACCGCCUCCACCGCUCAUGAAUGGCAUACCACCAAGGGCUCCCAUGCCACCAGAUGCUAUGCCACCUCCACGACCAGCAGGCAUGCCCAUGCCACCGAUGCCACCAGCUGGCCCGGUACCUCCUGGUCCACCACAGCUUCCUCCGGCUCCACAGGGUCCUCCUCCAGCUCCCCAGGGUCCUCCCCCGACUCCCCAGGGUCCUCCCCCGACUCCCCAGGGUCCUCCCCCGACUCCCCAGGGUCUUCCCCCAGCUCCGCAAGGCCUUCCUCCGGCUCCGCAGGGUCCUCCUCCGCAGGGUCCUCCUCCGCAGGGUCCUCCUCCGCAGGGACCUCCUCCGCAGGGACCUCCUCCGCAGGGACCUCCUCCGCAGGGACCUCCUCCGCAGGGACCUCCUCCGCAGGGUCCUCCUCCGCAAGGUCCUCCUCCGCAGGGACCUCCUCCGCAGGGUCCUCCUCCGCAGGGUCCUCCUCCGCAAGGACCUCCUCCGCAAGGUCCUCCUCCACAGGGUCCUCCUCCGCAGGGACCUCCUCUGCAAGGUCCUCCUCCGCAGGGUCCUCCUCCACAGGGUCCUCCUCCACAGGGUCCUCCUCCACAAGGUCCUCCUCCACAGGGUCCUCCCCCUGCUCCAGUUCCACCAAUGAUUAGGCCUCCACUGCCAAAUGAUUCUGCACCAGUAUCUGCACCACCUACACCUCUUCCUCCACCAGGUGUUCCUCCUCCUCCUACCAACUGACCUUGGUGUUUUUUUUUAUGAAAUUUAUGUGUUUUGACAUAAUACAACUUUUUUUAGGUUAGUCUUUAAUUUGUUAUUUUGAUGGCGUCAUGUUUCUUUCAAAUGUAUAGUAUUUGCAGCACUUCAUCUUUCAUUAAAAACAUUUUCCAGCAUU